AAACGCUUCAUUCUUCACAUUUGUGCAGUUCCGGAAUCUCAGGAAUUUGGGUUGUUCGUCUAAUCAAACUCACUGCUGUGCUGAACUCAAGGUUUACAGAGACUAAAAGGUUUAGUUCGAGUUCAAAAUGUCUCAAGCAGAGAAACUGAAGCAGGGACAGUUUACAAACCCAGAGACUCCUGGCUAUGUGGGAUUUGCAAAUUUACCAAAUCAGGUGCACCGGAAAUCAGUAAAAAAGGGCUUUGAGUUCACUCUCAUGGUGGUGGGCGAGUCAGGUUUGGGGAAGUCCACUCUGAUCAACAGCUUGUUCCUCACUGAUCUCUACCCUGAGAGAGUUAUUCCUGGUGCUGCAGAGAAAAUUGAGCGCACCGUGCAGAUCGAGGCCUCUACUGUGGAGAUUGAGGAGCGUGGAGUGAAACUUCGUCUUACUGUUGUCGACACGCCUGGAUAUGGAGAUGCCAUCAACAGCCAGGACUGUUUCAACACCAUUAUCUCAUACAUUGAUGACCAGUUUGAGCGGUACCUGCAUGAUGAGAGCGGACUGAACCGCAGGCACAUCGUGGACAACCGGGUGCACUGCUGCUUCUAUUUCAUUUCCCCUCUGGGUCAUGGGCUGAAGCCUCUUGAUGUCCAGUUCAUGAAGGCCAUUCACAAUAAAGUGAAUGUUGUUCCUGUUAUUGCUAAAGCAGAUACACUGACCUUGAGGGAGAGAGAGAGACUCAAGCGCAGGAUUUUGGAUGAAAUCGAUGAGCAUGGCAUUAAAAUCUAUCACCUCCCUGAUGCUGAGUCAGAUGAGGAUGAAGAUUUCAAAGAGCAGACCAGGAUUCUCAAGGCCAGCAUACCAUUUGCAGUGGUGGGAUCCAACCAGCAGAUUGAGGCUAAAGGGAAGAAGGUGAGAGGGCGUUUGUACCCGUGGGGUGUGGUGGAGGUGGAAAACCCUGAACACAACGACUUCCUGAAACUUCGCACCAUGCUAAUCACCCAUAUGCAGGACCUGCAGGAGGUGACUCAGGACCUUCAUUAUGAGAACUUCCGCUCAGAACGCCUCAAACGGGGCGGCAGGUUGUCCUCCCAUGGUUACAUUCUGCCUCUGUCGCCUGCGAAGGCUCCAGAGCCAGAGGAAAUGGACAAAGACAUGAUCUUGCUGGAGAAGGAGGCUGAGCUGAGGCGGAUGCAAGAGAUGAUUGCUAAGAUGCAGGCACAGAUGCAGAAGCAUGGAGAUGGCGAUGGAGAUGGCCCACACCAGUGAGGAACAUGAUGCUGACCUGUUAUUUGGCCGUGGACCAGUCAGAAACAGAACGGUAAAAGAGGAAGUGAUGCUAAAUUUUGAGGAGGAGUAGAGACGCGUCCUUAACUCACCAUGCUUGCCAUUUUCUUAGUUUCUUUCACUCUUAUAUGAAUUAAUGUUUUUUGUAAGCAGUAUUAAUGUUUUAUAUAUAUAUAUAUAUAUAUAUAUAUAUAUAUAUAAAAUUAGAUGCUGUUUCUAAUUUCCAUUUAUGUUUCCCAAUACAUUGUGAUGCCAGUAACCAAAAUGAAGAACACCCAUCAGCUGAAGUUAAAGGGAUAGUUCACCCAAAAAUGAAAAUUUGCUUAUCAUUUACUCAUCCUUGUGCCAUUCCAGACGUGUAUGAAUCUCUUUCUUCUGCAGAACACACAUUAAGAUUUUUAGAAUAAUAUCUCAGCUCUGUAGGUCCAUAAAGUGAAUGGGUUCCAAAAUAUUGACAUUCCAAAAAGUACAUAUAAGCAGCAUAAAAGUAAUCCAUAUUAUUCCAAUUUUUUAAUCCAUGUGUAAUAUGAUGUGUGGGUGAGAAUCAGAUUAAUAUUUAAAUCCAUUUUGUUCUUUAGAAAUUCUUCUCUUUGCGCAGUAAGGGGCGUAUGCAUGAAGAAUGUGAAUCACCAAAAACACAGGAAGAAAGUGAAGGUUAAAGUGGAGAUUGACUGAUCAGGCAGGGUGAAUUUAUAGUAAAAAUGGAAACACACCUAUCAUAUUGCUUCAGAAGACAUUGAUUUAACCAUCAAAGUCGUAUGGAUUAAUUUUAUGUUGACUUGUGGGAUUUUUUUUGGAGCUUAAAAAUUUUGGCAUUCAUUUUUGGCAUACAUUGUAUGGGCCAAAAUUGCAAAAUCUUAAUUUGUGUUCUGCUGAAGAAAGUCAUACACAUCUGGGAUGGCAUAAGGGUCAGUACAUAAUGAAAAAAAAUUUUUUU